AUGGGUAUCUGGGACACUUUUGCAGAGCUUGUCGAGGCGGCAACGCCUUGGAGCGUCGCCGAGGCCGAGGCACCGGCUCAGGAGGAGGAGCCUCAGGCCGAGACCGAGACCAAGGACGAGGAGGAGCCCGCCGAGGAGCCCGCCGAGGAGGAGGAGGAGGAGGAAGAGGAGGAGGAUGAUGAGGAGGAGAUUGUCGACCCCAAGGAGACUCUUGAAGAAGAGUGCAGAAACUCCAAGACUUGCGCCCCGGCCAAGCACCACUUCGACGAGUGCGUCGAGCGUGUCCAGGGCGCCGGCGAGGGCGAGAGCAGCGAGGACUGUGUCGAGGAGUUCUUCCACCUCGCCCACUGCGCCACUCAGUGUGCCGCCGGCAGGCUGUGGUCGCAGCUCAAGUAA